AUGGAUCAAAGUUCCAACAUCAAUCCCAACCCAGCGCAAACAAACCUUCAACAACAAAUGGACCAGCUUUCCCAAAUUGUGGACACGGUAGUGCGGAGGUUGGAUGUCAUGGAUGUACGACGGCACCGUGAGGAAUUGAGGGAACCAAGAGGAGAUCAAAGAGCUCCACGGAGGGAAGAAUGGGAUGGGGAAAGUGAUCGAGAAGAAGAAGAUGAG